AACUAGACUAUUUUGCAUCUCAAACCAAACUGAGAAAGCCAUGGCUAACUAUGGAUCAGCCACACAAAGGCCACAUUUGACUUCACCACAAGUGUCCGAUCACGACGCCGGUGACUCGACCGGAAAACAGAGCAAGGAGUUCAGGUUUGUCUGUCCCUUCAACAUCCCUUCCAACCCAGAAUCCGCGGCAACCAGGAUCAUCAAGAACUUGUACAAUCUCGGACUCUACUAUUCACUAUUUGUAUGGCUUGUGCUCUUUAUAAGCCUGAUUCCAGCGCGUAAGGUGUCGUUGAUAUACUUGGUCAUCAUGACCUAUAUAACCACUCUGUAUCUGUUACUGAUAAAGGCAAUUCCUGCUACAAGUUUCCUUCAUAAGAUCAUUGGAAGAGGAGUUGUGUUGCCUUUGAUUUGUCUUGUAACCAUGGUUGAGCUCAUCUUGACCAAGGCUGGCUUGCAUCUCUUGAUUUGUCUUGCUGCUACGAUGCCUAUUGUUUUGGUUCACGCAGUUUUGUGGGUUCUAAAUGAUGUGGCGGUGGACGGCGGCGGCGGUGGUGAAGAGGUGGUGGCUUUGGUGCAGAAGAGUGACACUCCUGGUGAUGGUGGAUCUGAGUCAAUGGUUUAAGUCUUUUGUUUGACUUUUCUUUUUCUGUUCAGGUGUUAAAAAGAAUUUUCCUAGAAUAUGCAACUAGACCCCUUAAGUUUGAUCUACUUGCAGAGACACCCUUUUAACGAGAGUGUUUAUAGUUUAUACUUAUAUACCAAAUAAUUUGCAUAUCGCUCAAUAAUUUAUGGUAAUUCUUAAGGUUUGAUUGUAAUUUGAUGGAACUUGGAAUUUGUAUGGUCUAAAUAUUAAUAAAAAAAAAAAUAAUGCGUUUUUUU